AUGAGGUGGUUUCUCCUAUUUCUUCUGCCAUUAGCAAUCACCGGAGAAGCUUGUCCACAUCCAUGUAGCUGCAAAGAGAAUGGAACUUAUGUAGAUUGUUCAGAUUUGAAGCUGACCCACUUCCCAACUGAUUUUCCAAUCUCUACUAAAAUUUUGAACUUGAGGCUUAAUCACAUAUCGAAAGUCCUAUCUUCAAACUUGAAGAACUUGCCUCAUUUGGAGUUGCUCAUACUAGCCAAUAAUCACAUCCGCUAUGUAGAAGAGAACCUUCUAGAUGAAGUUCCACAUCUUAAGAGAUUGAUUUUAGCUCACAAUCAUUUAGCUCGAUUACCGUCUUUAGCAUCUAAGCAUUCCGCUUUGUUGGCGUUGGAUAUGCGUCACAAUCAUCUGGAGCGUAUUCAUCCUAAUGUUUUCUCAUCAUUUCCUCUUCUGAUCCGUGUUGAUUUUUCCCACAAUCGACUUCAAAGUUUCCAUUCUCAAACCAUUCAGGAUUUAUCACAAACUCAAGCUAUCAUUCUAAGUGGAAAUCCAUGGAAUUGUGAUUGUCGAGUAGGGCUAUUAGCCAGAGCACUACCAAUCCAAUCGGAGCAUCAUCCUCGAUGUUUCAACCCUGCUGCCUUACGCGGAAUCAUAGUAUCAGAGGUGCAAAAAACCGAAUGUCGUAUACCAACAAGCUUGUUUACUGCAAAACAGCAGAUUUUAGAAUGUCCAAUUGAUGUCGUCUCCAAUCAUAAUGUUGUUUGGCUGCAUAAACAUAUUGAAUUGGAUUCAUCUGAGUUAUCAACUUAUGAGAUUCAAACACCCAAUCAAUUGAUUUUGCCGUUACACCAGGAUGUAAAGGAUAUCCUUUGCACUUACGAUGCACCCAUUGUACCUCGCAGGAAAAAGAGACAACGCGGAUUUGGACCAGAGUUUACCUAUGCAACUUCUGAUAGAUCAUUUAGAAUCGGCGCUCGAGUUCAACUCCAUUGUGAAGUAUCUGGAUCACCUCAACCAGAAGUUGUCUGGUUUAAAAACAAUAGACCUUUCCAUCAAAAUAGUCGUGCAGAGUUCACUCAUAACAACACCGUCGUCUCUAUUCUGUCAUUUUUUGAAAGUGACGAAGGAACAUAUAAGUGUGUAGCAGCGAAUGUCUAUGGAAGGAUAGAAAGAGAAAUGAAAAUCGGUCUCAUAGAUAGUGUCGGUCCAUACAUUACCGAUGGACCACAGGAUCAGAUUGCGGAUAUUGGGGCACAGGUGACUUUCCGAUGCAUAUCCAAAGGUACACCCAGGCCUAUCCAUACAUGGAUGUUCGAUGGAGCUCCUCUAGCCAAUAUAAAAGGAAGGAUAUAUGUUUCGCCCGAUACAACUGAGCUCACCAUCAAAAACAUUCGACGAUCAGAUCGAGGAAUCUAUAUAUGUGGAGCCAAUAACCCUGUCGGAACGAUGGCAGCUCCGGCCAGUCUUCAAGUUAGAGGUAGCAUUGCUGAUCAGGUUGACAAUGUGCUGACUGAUUCGGCGAUUCGUGAAAUCGCUGCAAAAGCUAUCACAAACGUAGACAAAGCAAUAGAGAAAACAAAAGAUCUCAGAAAGAAGAAAAUCCACAAACCAGAAGAACUUCGUCGCAAUAUUCAGCAUAUACUUCCUAAAGAGGUGAUCGACAUCAACAGAGCGCGUGAAAUCUAUGAAGAAUCUGUUCGUUUGGUUAAUGAGUACGUAGAAGAAGGUCUUCGUCUCCAAAUCAAUGAGCUUUCUCCUAAUAUUACUUAUGAAUCGUUUCUGUCGGCUCCUCACAUGCAGACUUUGAUGAACGCUUCUGGAUGCAUUGGAGGGUCACACCAACUGGAUUCUUGUUCAGACAGCUGUUUCCAUAAGAAAUAUAGAUCAUACAACGGAGAAUGCAAUAACUUGGCUCAUUCGAUGUGGGGAGUUUCAUCGAUGCCUUUCUUGCGUCUACUACCUCCGGUUUACGAAAACGGCUUCAAUACUCCAGUAGGAUGGGAAAAGAACCGCUUAUAUUACGGCUUCCCCAAGCCGAAUCCUAGAGAAGUAUCGAGAAAAGCUAUAGCUUCUCCCCGUAUAACUGCUCAUAGACAAUUAUCUUCGAUGGUGAUGCAGUGGGGACAGUUCAUAGAUCAUGACAUCACUUUUGCGGCCACAGCUUUGUCGCGGCACAACUUUAAGUCUGGAGCGUUUUGUAAUAAAACCUGUGACAAUGUGACUCCUUGUUUCAACAUUCAGCUACUACCUAAUGAUCCCAAAUUGAAAUCGAAAGACCAACUGCCUUGUAUGGAAUUCGAAAGAAAUGCGGCGGUAUGUGGUUCUGGAGAGACUUCAACGCUUUUCGAUAAAGUAACCUACAGAGAACAGAUGAAUGUUGUGACUUCUUUCAUCGAUGCAUCCAUGGUAUAUGGCAGUACAGAGGAGCAUGCUCUUGAACUUAGAGAUCGAUACUAUAACGAAGGAUUACUCAGAUAUGACAAAAUUUCUGAUUUUAAUAAGGAGUAUAUGCCGUUUGAAAGAGAUUCCGCUAUGGAUUGCAGAAGAAACUUCAGCGAACAAAAUCCUACUCGCUGCUUCUUGUCUGGAGAUUUUAGAGCAAAUGAACAGCAAGCUUUGGCAGUAAUGCACACCAUCUUCUUACGAGAACACAAUAGAAUAGCUCGAAAGCUGAAAAGAAUCAACAAGCAUUGGGACGGUGAUACGAUUUACCAAGAAACGCGUAAGAUAGUAGGAGCUAUGAUUCAACACAUCACCUAUAACGAAUGGCUCCCGAUUGUUCUUGGAUCAAAAACAAUGGAGAAGUUUCGAUCACUUCGAUACAAUCCGAAUAUCCAUGCAGGAAUCUCAAAUGCUUUUGCUACAGCGGCAUUCAGAUUUGGCCACACUCUGAUCAAUCCGAUCCUGUUACGGUUAGACAAAAACUUCCGAGAAGUCCGAGAGGGUCAUCUACCGCUACAUAAAUCAUUUUUCGCCCCUGGUGUCAUUUUAUACGAAGGCGGCAUCGAUCCACUUCUGCGAGGAUUGUUUGCUUCUCCUAUGAAGGAACCCAAAAACACAGAAAUAAUGAACAUGGAACUGACAGAGAAAUUAUUCUUGAAAUAUCAUCAGGCAUCUCUUGAUUUGGCUGUGAUGAAUAUUCAAAGAGGCCGAGAUCAUGGUUUACCAUCGUAUACAGAAUUCAGAGAACUCUGCAAUCUAACAGUGCCACGCACUUGGGAUGAACUAAUUCCAAUUGUGAACAAUGCAAAAUUGAUCCAAAACUUACGACAGUUAUACGGUCACCCAGGUAAUAUUGACUUGUUUGUGGGGGGAGUGUCAGAACUAUUAGAAAAGGACGCUUUGAUGGGACCAACGUUUCAUUGUAUCAUCACUGAACAGUUCCAGCGAUUACGUUCAGCUGACCGUUUCUGGUUUGAAAACGAAGGUGUUUUCACAAGUGAACAGGUCGCCGAAAUCAAAAAGAUAACUUUAUCGCGGAUUCUGUGCAAUAAUGGUGAUGAGAUUGAACGAGUUCACAUCAACUCGUUUGUUUAUCCAGGACCGAGUGAAUCAGAUUAUCAGCUGUGUAGCACUUUAUCAGAUUUGAAUUUGCAAAAGUGGAAAAGUCAUCCAAGCGAACAACAAUGCUCUGUUAAUAAAAACAAUAUUUUGAGCCGUCGAAGACGAUCAGAGCAGGCAUGA